GUAAAGUUUAACAAAUGGUAUUUUAUUUAGACACCCUCCCUGAGCCUGGAAGACCAUGCAUUCACUUUUUUUUACAUUAUAUAGCAAACCGUGACUGUUAGCAUACUUUUCACAGAUGCGAAGCAGCUUCGACAAGCCCCAGACAGAAGCACGCAGCAACACCAUAUCGUCGUUUAAAGUUAUAUUUGCUAUAAAAUGUCUGAAAAAGUUGCAAUUGUAACCGGUGCCAACAAAGGACUAGGAUUAGCAAUAGUAAAAGGACUUUGUAAGAAAUUCGACGGGAUUACUUACCUAACAUCUCGAAACGUAAAAAGGGGGCUGGAAGCGUGUGAAGAGCUAGAGAAAUUAAAUUAUAAACCGCAAUUUCAUCAACUGGAUGUCUCAGACGUAGAUAGUAUAAGAAAGUUUUUUGAAUAUUUGAAAAAUAAACACCAAGGCAUAGAUAUCCUGGUAAACAACGCCGGAAUAUUGUUCCUCAAAGAUGCACAAGAACCUAUAAAGUAUCAAAAAGAACAAACGGUAUUAGUAAAUUUUUCCGCUCUAGUAAACUUUACUGAAGCUAUUUUACCUUUGAUGAAAAAUAAUAGCCGAAUUGUCAAUAUAUCCAGUUCUUCUGGACACCUUUCGAGGAUACCUAGUGAAGAUUUACGCAAAAGAUUCAAAAAUCCAAAUUUAACCUUAAAUGAGUUGACAGAAUUAAUAACAUUGUACUCGGAAGCAAUAAGACGAAAUAAGGACGUUGAAGAUGGUUGGGGUGGUAACCCGUAUGUGAUUUCCAAGGUCGCAGUGAACGCUUAUACGUUUAUUUUACAUCGAAGGUUGCAGGAUAGGGGAAUCCUUGUAAAUUGCGUACAUCCUGGCUACGUAAAAUCGGAUAUGACGCGCGGUGGUGGCUCCAUCACUCCCGAAGAAGGUGCCGUAAUACCACUAAAGUUGGCUCUAGAAACUUCCACGGGUGGACAGUACUUUUGGAAUAAUGGCACUGUCGUACCUUGGGACGGUCCAGAUCCUAGAGGAUACAUCGAUGGAAGAAAAGAUUUAUAGUUCAGAGGACAUCAGAAC